UUUGUCGCUGUUUCUGAGCUGAAGUUUCGAACCGCGGUCUCUACGCUCCGGACUUCGACCUCCGCGUCCGCCGUGUCGUUGCACCCCGAAAUCCAGGCAGAUUCCAACAUGGAGGCAGGAACGUUUGCCCUCUUUGCAGCCUGAUGUUUGCUUCGCUGAGCGUCGAGAGGACUGGAGUUCUAUUUCGGAUCUCUUUCGGAGAUGUAAACAUGACUGUCAUGUUUACAUCUCAGUGGACGCGAUUCCACCUGUGUGGCGUCUAUAGAUUCUCCGCACUUUUUUUUAAUUGUAAAGGUGAUAUUUUCUGUUUCAGACAGUAGAAGGCUCAGACACCAACCUGUUUGUCGUCGGCCUUCUUGCACGUCUUCUUAAAAUACAUCGCGUAGAAAGAUAAUCUGACACUUGUAGGACUGGCGGUGUUUUGUUCUCCAAUAUAUCUCGUGUUUUUUUUACUCCAAUACGUCUGGAAUAUCUUCCGCCAAGCCUCUUGUUGUUGCCCAUCUGUGCCAGUCUUUUGUCACCUCCACUCAUCUACCUGCGCGUAUUCAUGAUCGUUCGUGUUCAACACGGCGCAGUGAGCUCAAGCGGACAGCAGGCGGCAGUAGGAGCUGCGCAGGUCACAAACCAGUACAGACACAAAGAAGAAGCCGCUGUACAGGAAUGGGAACAAAAAGAACUUUGCCUCCACGCUGAGAGUCGGAUGAUUCUGAUGGCAGCAUGAGGUCAGGGGGUGUCGCAUCCGUGCUCCUACUCACGGUCUGCCUGAGUGCGCAGCGCACGUCCACACAAAGAUGUCUGGAGUAUUUGACAAUAGAGACGUGGGUUGAAGAUAUCUUUGAACCUCAGUGGAAUCUGACAGAAGAGCUACGGCAAAUGUUCCCAACACUCAACCCGACGAAGCACAUGAACAAAACGAUUGUACUGGUGCUUGCCAACAACACAGAGGAUGUGGCCAAGUGUACGGCGUGGCGCUUGUGCAAGAGGAACCAAUCCACCUGUUACCUCCUGAGAGACUGCUUCAAAUCGAAGUCGACAGACCCGGACCUCAGUGGCCAGUGUCAGACGAAGCAGUUCGCCAUCGUCCACACCUUCCACUUCAUGUGCCUCGUGGCCCGCGCCGUCUCGCUUCACACCCAAGUCCGAGGAUGUGAACAUGAGCAUGUUUGUCCCGUCAUCAGGAAGAAAGAUGAUGCGAAAAUCCCGAAGCCAGCCAUGGUUGUUGCCAUGACAACCAAAGGAGGAAGCUCAGCAGCGACACCUACGACACCUACGACACCUACGACAACAGGGGUGACAACGACAUGUGCAGCAACCGCAGGGGCGACAGCAACAUCUGCAACGACUUUGCAGCAGUCACUGCCACCAUCCCAGCAGGGAAAGGCCCUCGAGAUCUCUCACACCUGCUCAUGUGAGUAAAAACAAAAUCCCUUCACGCCGAACCAGUCCUGACAGCUUGUUGUUUGGUGACGCCACUGACCUGCUUUACACCUCCCCUGACUCUCGAGGAGACUUUGAGGGCCCUAAAAGAAAGGAUGGUCUACACAAGAGGAUGCUAUCAAAGGCUGAGGCCAAGGCUGGACCAAGACUUGAGACCGCAUGGAGGCCAAGAGAUGAGUGGCGGUCAAGAAAACACCAGGAAGACUUGAGGGUCAAUGUCAGGGUCUAGACCAGGGUUCCAGACCGCUGGGUCUGACUGACUCAGCUGAGGUUCAGACCAAGUGGGUGAGAACAAGACUUCAAACAAAGAUGAAGCAAAGCCAAGGGGUCAAGUGCAGGUCCGGAUGUAAGGGUUGGAAUGACACGCUGUCUUUACGCGUGACGUCAGCAAGUGUUGUUCCAAUUCUUAGGGACGUCACUUCACUUCAUAGUGGAGGGCACUCACAACCAAGUGCUAGUGUUAAGUUCUAGUGUGAGGGGGAGAACAUGGGACACAGCCCAUGACGUGAAGGUUGAAAACUGGAUGGAUGAUGACACAAAGACAUGAAGGUCAAGAGCAAAGUCAGAUUUAUGAGGGAGAUUUGGGUGUCAAAACUGAGUUUAGUCUCAGUCAAGUCUGAGAUGGGUAGAAAUGAUGGGCCUGGACCGGAAUAGAGACUAAAACAAAGUGAAGACUUGGACUUGAGAGACUUGAAGGUCACGGGCGACGACAGACCGCUGCUUCGGGGACUAUGGUGCAGACAUGUCUGGGUCUCUCAUGUGCUGGCUGUGUUACUAGAGGUCUGUACCCAGCAGUUGGCGCUGUUCUCAACCUCUCUCCUCUGCAGCUCCAGACAUCGCCACCUACCAAGUGUUAUUAGCCGUCUCCUGUAGCCUCGUGUUUCUCCUGCCCUUGAUGGUUUACAUCGUCAUGAGCCGCCAGCGGAAACAGCCGGGGGAUAGUGCCACAGACUGCAGUUUCCCACCAGUUGUUCUCCACAUACAAAGGAGCCCAGAGACUUUCGACGUGCCUCGUCCUGAAGCUGAAGCCCUAAUGAACAACAAUUCGCAUUUUCACUGUGUGAUGAACUCAGAAGACCUGAGCAGCUCAAGUACAGACAUGCCCUGUGGGGGGGGGCGCUGAUGCGCCGCAGGAGGAGGGCGUGUGACCAUGCCGUCCUGCUUGGUCAGGUCUGGCAUUCCUCACCUUCUUUUUUUUUUUUAACUGGACUAAUGAUGAUCUCUUUCAUGAUUUAAUAUAGAUUUUAUAGAUGCAUCAUGCAUUUGUGAUACAUUUAUUUUUUUAUUUCAGAUGCAUAUUUUUGCCUAUUUUGUAACAUUUUUUUUACUGCGUGACAUUUUUCAAAGUUUGUUCUUGUUUGGUUUUUUUUCUCAGGCUUUUUUAUUUUUGUAUAUGAUCCUGCACUUUUUUUAACUUUUCAGUGUCAUCUGAUGGUGAAGCAGAAUGGAAGAUAUUUUGGAGAAAAAAAACAAACAAACAAAACAAGGGGAAUUCAAACGAAAAACAAGCCAAAACCAGAAAGACAUUGAACCAUAAAACCAGUUCACGUGAGCUGGUGGGUGAUGUUCCUGUGAAUAUGUGACGAUCAUACACCCAGAGGGAAGCUGAUUGUUGAAUUCAUGAUUUUUAUACCUUACUAUUUAUUUACUGGACACGUCAUUGUCACAUGGCAUUGCUCUCACAUGCAGCUAACGCCACUGUGUUUUGGAGACCAAGUGGACUGAUGUAAGAUUGAACAUGGAAUUUCCGUCCCUGUUUGGGAAGCUUGGAGUUGGCGAUGGACUGAGCCUCCUCUCAGCAUCAAGCUCCACUUGGCGAUAAGCCGGCCUGCGCCUCAAAGGGCAACCCUGGAGGUCACCAAACCCACGACCUUUAGGCCCUCAAACUGAUGGAAUAACCUCUCUACGAAUAGCUGUGUGGAACAUUGGGAAAGUGAACUGUGAAUCGGGCAAGUCAAUCGCCAAACACUCACCACUGUAAGGAACAAGUCCGCUGGGGAGUGCACUUCCAGGCCAACUGCCGUCACAUGUGCCGAUUGUUAAUAGAGGGACGGCCUUCCUUCCUCAUCUCAGCCUCACUACUGGCUCCGGAAAGUGGUGAGCAUGGAGAGACUCUCUGAAGCUACCAACCGAUCCAAGCUACUUUGUUGUGAAACACCUGUUUCUGUGGACAAGAAUCCACUGUGUUCACGUUUCAAACUUAAUGUUUGCAUUUUAGAUGUGUGCCAGCUAAAUGAGCAUUCUUGACGGCUCGGAGAGGGCCCCAGAGGAGGAGUGCUGACCUGGAGAGGUGGCUCUGUCUGUUCCAAAUUUCUCGUUGCUUGUCUGAGUGAGCUCAAGUUUGGGAUGUCAAAUUUGAGAAGGCAUAACGGAGACCACGAUGACCAUGAAGCGUGACUGUGACUGGCCAUGAAUGUUCGCUAUUGUCUGCUGCUUCCAUCCAUAAACACACCGGAUCUGUAUCCCAGUGAAGAGAGUUUCAUCGAUCCAAGUGUGGAGAUGUUUAAGUCUAGAACGAAAGAACGCUUCUUCACAUCGGAGACAUGUUUGUAUACGAUGAAAAAUAAAGCAAGUUCUGAAGCUUCUCUGUGGUUUCUGGGC